CCUCUCUCUCUCACUUUCACUCUCUGCUUUUUUAUUUUAACUACUACUCUAUGCUUUUUGUUUUUUCUUCUUCUCUUUCUUCCAUAAUCAAUCCGACUACUACUUCAAACUCUUAAACCUUCAUUCUCUCUCUCUCUCUCUCUCUCACUGUUUGUUUAUGUAUGAACAACUCAAGACUAUAACCGUCCCUUCUUUUACUUCUCCCUUUGUCUUGACUUCAAACUUCCCUUACCUGAAUUUUGAGGUCUAUAGCGCUUCUGAUCAAUGUCAAGGGACAAAGAAACUGAGGGUGAAGAAGGUAGAGAGGACUCGGGCAUAAAUGAUCAAGACAUCUUGGAAGAAUGGAUGCUUGUUGGGAAUAGUAGUGAUGAUGAUCUGGUUACUUCACCGAAAAAGAUGAAGCUUUGUGGUGAAAGACCUCAGGAUGCAGAUUAUUCUUUUGUUCCCUCCCUCAAUGAUGACUUGGAGAAUCUAAUUGUGGCCCGGGUUCCGAGAGAAGAAUACUGGAAGUUUUAUUCAGUGAACAAGCGAUUUUUCAAUCUUUUGAAGAGUGGUGAACUCCUCAAGAUUAGAAAGACAUAUGGGUUUGAAGAAACAACUGUGUUUAUGUUUGCAAGUGGCCAUAGCAGUUGGUGGGCAUUUGAUAGACAGUUUAGGUCUGGUCGAAUGCUUCCAGAGUUACCAUCAGAACUGUGUUUUCAAUUGGGAGAUAAGGAGUCACUUUGUGCUGGAACUCACCUCAUUGUUUCAGGUAGGGAGGUAGAUGGUGGUGUCGUCUGGAGGUAUGAAUUAGAAACAAACAAAUGGUUGAAGGGUCCUUCCAUGAUAAGGCCCCGGUGUUUAUUUGCGUCUGCUACCUGUGGCACCUUUGCAUAUGUAGCUGGUGGGCUCGGGUUGGAAGCUGGUUCUGGAGUCUUAAAUACUGCAGAGAGGUACAAUCCGCAGACUAAAUCAUGGGACCAACUUCCAGACAUGAAUAAACAGCGAAAGCUUUGCUCAGGCUGUUACAUGGAUGAUAAGUUUUAUGUAAUUGGUGGGCGAAAUCAAGACAAUCAGCCUCUUUAUUGUGGAGAGGCCUAUGAUGAAUGUACAAAAGAAUGGAAACUGAUUCCAGGGAUGUUGAGAGACUUUCCAGCAGAGACUUUUCAGUCACCGCCCCUUAUUGCUGUAGUAAACAAUGAGCUCUAUUCGCUUGAGACUUCUUCAAAUGAAUUAAGGGUGUAUCUGAAAAAGAGCAACUCAUGGAAGAACUUAGAAUCGGUUCCAGUUAGAGCUGAUGUUAAUAGAGGAUGGGGUGUAGCAUUCAAAUCACUGGGCAACGAGCUGCUUGUAAUUGGUGCAUCGGCAGCUUCUAAUGACAGUAUGAGCAUAUACACAUGCUGUCCCAAAUCUGAUUCCAAGAAAUUGCAAUGGAGACUUCUCGAGUGUGGCCAGAACCCACUUAGUCAUUUUAUUCUCAACUGUUCUGUUAUGAUAGCAUGAAUCUUAUUAUCAUAGAGUUUCUAAAUAAACACUGGGUUUCGAUGAUAGGGAGUUGUGAGACAUUUCUAUUAUCUUGUUAUGUAUUGCAUGAGGUGUCCCUUCAAACUUCCAUAUGACAUUUGGAUUUGGGUAAUCUAAGGAACCUUGCUCA